GUUGGUAAUAUCCUGAGUACACGGUAAAAAGUGUAGUCGAAUGGAACUCACUGUAUUUGUAUGUUUAUUUAUUUUCAAUACCUUAAAAAAAUAAUUUAUAUUGGUGUUUUGCAGUUUGUGUCUUGUGUGUAAAAUUUUGUGCUGGGGUUAUAUAUAGUGCGUGUUAAUUUAAGAUGGCCAUUGAAAUAGAAUCUGCAGAUGUGAUACGUUUGAUACAACAGUACUUGAAAGAGUCAAAUCUCAUGAAAACUCUGCAAACAUUGCAGGAAGAGACGGGUGUGUCGCUGAACACGGUGGACAGCGUAGAAGGGUUUGUAUCUGACAUCAACAAUGGACAUUGGGACACCGUCUUGAAGGCAAUCCAGUCUUUGAAACUCCCAGACAAGAAGCUCAUAGACUUGUACGAGCAGGUGGUGUUGGAGUUGAUCGAACUACGGGAGCUGGGAGCUGCCCGCUCGUUGCUGCGACAGACAGAUCCGAUGAUCAUGAUGAAGCAACAGGAGCCAGAGCGAUACAUACAUUUAGAAAACCUGCUGGCACGCUCGUACUUCGACCCCCGCGAGGCGUACCCGGACGGCAGCACCAAGGAGAAGCGGCGUGCAGCCAUCGCCCAAGCCCUGUCGGGAGAGGUGUCGGUGGUGCCGUCGUCCCGCCUGCUGGCCCUCCUGGGGCAGUCCCUGAAGUGGCAGCAGCACCAGGGACUACUGCCGCCAGGAACCACCAUUGACUUGUUCCGUGGUAAGGCAGCAAUCAGGGACCAGGAGGAGGAGAAGUACCCCACCCAGUUGUCGAAGCAGAUCAAGUUUGGCCAGAAGUCGCAUGUGGAGUGCGCUCGCUUCUCGCCCGACGGCCAGUAUCUGGUCACCGGAAGCGUGGAUGGCUUCAUUGAGGUGUGGAACUUCACCACUGGCAAAAUACGCAAAGAUCUGAAGUACCAAGCGCAGGACAACUUCAUGAUGAUGGAAGAGGCGGUGCUGUGCCUGGCAUUCAGCCGCGACUCGGAGAUGCUGGCGUCGGGCUCGCAGGACGGCAAGGUGAAGGUGUGGAAGCUGCAGGCGGGCCAGUGCCUGCGCAGGUUCGAGAAGGCACACGCCAAGGGGGUCACGUGCCUGCAGUUCUCCCGGGACAACAGCCAGGUGCUCAGUGCCUCCUUCGACACCACCAUCAGAAUACAUGGUUUGAAGUCUGGAAAGACGUUGAAGGAAUUCAGAGGCCACGGUUCAUUUGUGAACGAAGUGGUUUUCACUGCAGAUGGUCACAGUAUACUCAGCGCAUCAUCUGACGGGUCAGUGAAGGUGUGGAGCAUCAAGUCGACCGAGUGCACCAACACUUUCAAGUCUCUGGGUGCGGGAGACACUACCGUGAACAGCAUUCACUUGUUGCCCAAGAACCCAGAGCACUUCGUCGUCUGCAACAGGACCAACACUGUCGUCAUCAUGAACAUGCAAGGCCAGAUUGUGCGAUCAUUCUCGUCUGGUAAACGGGAGGGUGGUGACUUUGUGUGUGCUGUGCUGUCUCCCAGAGGGGAGUGGAUAUACUGCGUGGGAGAGGACCUUGUCUUGUACUGCUUCUCAACCUCCUCGGGAAAGCUGGAGCGGACGUUAAACGGUGCUCUGUUGCCAGAUAUACGCUACAGCGCACACAAAUUGUGGACACAACUCUAUAACAUAAUGUGCACGAGAAAGAUGUAAUUGGCGUAGCUCACCACCCUCACCAAAACUUGCUGUGCACGUACAGCGAAGAUGGGCUGCUUCGAUUGUGGAAGCCGUGAACAGUCCAUGUGUUCACUGUUCAGAUCAUUGUUUGUGAUACGGACCAAAAGAACACAGAACAAUGUGUGGUGUUCUGCAGUGUGUACUCAGUUAUGAAUGGUAACAACAUAGAUGAUAGGAACAUGAGGAGUACCAUAAAAUAAUCACAUUCACUGUGUGUCAGGUUUCUACUUGUCUUGUUGUUCAAAGCUCUGUAUAUACAUAAAAUAUAUUGAUGACUUUUUAAUAAA